AUGGCUAGUCUUCAUUCGAAAAAUCUGUGGCGAUCAGUGUGCUCCGUGCCCAGCUCUCCGCCACCAUCGCCAGUGAACCGGAAUUCAUUCGACCAAAGCGACGAGCUAUUCCAGUCGUCGUUCAACUGUAAAUGCAGAGGACCUGAUCCAUUCAACCUGAACAUCCCAUCCAGAUUGUGUUAUCCAGAAGAUUUGAUCUGUUCCAAAAUGAGGUAGGUUUUUUCGGCUUUUUUGUUGGUAUUAUAGGUACAAACGGUCGUUUCCUUCAUUUUAUCUGACCUCAUAGGUAGAAUAAAAGACGAUAAUGGAAAAGAAGGUAGUGUUGUCAUAGGUCAAAGACUGAUUAACCUCAUGAUAAUGUUGUCACAGACUAAAUAUAACUGUUACUAGUUCAAAACACUGUAAUUUGGUGGAAUGCGGGUUUUGAAAUGGUAUUCAUGGUAAACUGUUUCGAAAUUUAGGUGUUUUUCAUGUGAAUUUUGAAAUUUGCUGCAUGAUAGAUUAGAUUGUCUGAUAAUAUUGUACUUUUUAUGGUAAUCCGGUUUAUGAAGCAAAAAAAGGUUGUGAUUUGUUACAAAAUGAAUUAUAUUGUAGUUACUAUGUAAAUAAUGUUACAAAAUAUGUUUAUGGUUUUUAAAUUUUUAAAAAGUUGAAAAAUGUUUUGAAAUUAGAGAAAAAAUGCGUCUAAAUUUGAUUAAAAUCAUUGAUAAUGCCACAACUUCGAUAUCAGAUCAAAGCAAUCACCUUUCAUCGCUAGCCUUUCAACUUUUGUCGUUGAAAACUCGCUAAUUAAUGUUAUCUUCAAUCGCAUCAACAGCUCAUAGCUAUAGUUCUUCUGUCGCUAGCAUUUGAGGAGAGUUUCGUGAGAUAUUAUCUUUGAUCGGGUCGAUUUCAACAUCUCUAUCAUAAGCACGUGCUUCUCUAAUUGGGUGUGUUAGAACAAGCGAGUCGGGGAAACCGACAGUUUUUUCGUCGUCAGCUAGUGGAAAGAAGGGUGAUAUUAGGUUGAUAGCAAUAUUGAGAUGAUUUUGAGUUUUUUUGGGGGUAUUGGAAGAGUUUAUGAUCAGUUCCGAACGGGGGCUUACUAGGUUCGACCCGGUUACCCAUUAAAGAAUUGACCAACCUCCUCCAAUGUUGAUAAUAUUCGAGCGCUGUUUUUCUGUUGAUAAUAAUAUGGCUAUCAAAACACAACUGAUUAUAGUCGAUAGGUGGUGGUGGAGCAAAGAACGAGAGCGCUAUUUUUUAAAGAUUAUUAUUUUUUGGGAUUGCGCUCCGCCCGAUCGUUCUCACCCCCCUGAAAGAAGGUUUAAAUAGUCUGGGUUCGCCCGUGUUUGGACUCUAAAACACAGUUGAUUGUAAGAAUGUUCCGUCGACCAUCGUUGAUCGAAGCGCUCGUCGUGGAGAGGCCGUGUUGUAAAGAUGAUCGCCGAGGGUAAGGUUUUUGGAUUGUACUGGUGGUAGAGAUGGUGGUUCUGGUAGUACUGUUUGGAUUGGAGAGUAUUAUUGGGAUUGGUAGGUACUAGUAGUACUGUUGGGAUUGGUAGGUACUAGUAGUACUAAUGAAAUUGUUGGUACUAGUAUUACUUUUUCAAUUGGUCGGUACUAGUAGUGCUGUUGGGAUUGGUGGGUAAUAGUAGUAGCACUGUUUGAAGUUAUGGUAGUUUUAUUGAAACGCAUCUUCCUUGACAUACUAUAUUAUGAGAUAUAAAUCGUCAUGUGGUACAAGAAGGUACCGUAAGGUUUAAAAAUAUUAAUAGUACUGGAUUGCACUCAAUAUUUUUGGCGCUGCAUGUUGAAAUUUAGAUCUCGAUCUUUCAAGCUAUAUAUAGGUUUCUGUUGCCUACAUUAGAUAACCAUAAAAAGACACAAAUUUUAAAAUAAUGAUGUAUAUUUCCACAGUUUGUUCAACUGUUUUUUUUCAAAAAUAAUUUUUUGUCUGUAUUGUGUAAAGGGUUUGAUCAAUAGUCAUUUUCUUAUAUGUUUUGUGAAACAAAUAUAGGUUUAUAAAGGGUUGCUGGGAAGGUUUACAAUCACUUUGAAUCUACUUUACUAAUAUAGACAGUUAAGGAGUUGAUGAAAAGGUUAAUAUUUACUUUUUACUUGGAUUUUUGAAUGGUCUGUCACUUUGAAUCUACUUUAUCGACACAGACUAUCAAAGAAUUAACAGAAAUUAAGAUUCUCUUGCUCUAUCAAGCUUUUGAGAUCGUCUAGUUCGCUGAUAUAAAAGAUCUUCUUUAUAUGAAAAUAACUCGGCUUAUAUGAGAGAUAUUCCUCUUCUUUGUUUAAAAAGACUUGCGUUAUAACCUUUACUACGACUUUUAUACACUGGCAUACAAGGAUAGAUGCUUUGCUUUAUAUGUAAAUGAAAAAAGAAGGUAUGGACAACAUUUGUGUUUGUCUAUAUCUUCUUUUGGCAUUUUUAUUAUAAACAAAGCAACUUCUCCUUGAAUGCCAACUUAUAAAAGGUAUAGUGGUUUAUAAGGCGAGUCUUUUUGUGUAAAGAGAAGGCAAUAUCUUUUAUAUAAGCGAAGUUUUUCAGAUAAAGAAGAAGUUUUCUCUUAAGAAGAUCUUUUAUAUCAGCGAACCAGGCGAUUUCAAAAAGCUAGGUAGAGGAAGAGAAUGUUAACCUUUUGAUUAAUUCUUUGAUAGUCUGUAUUGAUAAAGUAGAUUCAGGGUGAUUGAGUGCUUUUUGUUUCAGUUUUUUAGCCUUAAUUAGUUUUUUCUAGCUUUUAAGUAGAACACAUGCUUAAGUUUAAGUAAAGGACAUUGGGAUUUUAUAGCUCUGUCUGGGAUUGUGAUUUUAAAAUUAGAUUGGUAUGACUAGAUUUAGCUAUUUUGGAAGGUGUUAUGUCUAAAAUUUGGCUUGUUUUAAUGAUUUUUGGAAGUAUUUGGCUAAUUCUAGUGGAUCUUCAAAAAAAAAACAAAAAAUUAAGAAUCAGUAUAAGAUGAAUAAUAUAAAGUAAUAAAAUUGUUUUCAGCUCGAUACCAAUGUCGUUGGAUAAAGCCGUGUCGUUGAGCAAGUUGUUGUUGGAAAGCGGGUCACAAUCGCGAGGCGAGUCCACGCUGGAGUUGGAAGCGUUGGCUGCCGUCCAUCAACUAAGUCAUGCCGUCCAGUCCAUCAGCGUAUCGGAAAUGCUACCCCGAACCCCCGAAUUGAUCUUUGUUAAUCUGACCACAGCUGAAGGUGAGAUAUUCUGGUGUUUUUGUUUUGGAAUUCGGGUUUAUAUAUGGGUUUGUUUGAAGGUUUGGAUAAAAAUUUGGGUUUUGAGUUGGAAAAGAGGGGACUUUUGGUCGUAUUUUACAUUUUUAUUGUGUAUGAAGCAAGAAAAAUUAGAUGAGAGUAGACUAAUAUUAAGGUUUUUAUUAUCAAAACAGUUUAAAAUUGAGUAUAAGUUGAUAAAAACAAGUUUUAUUGCUUGAAAAUUAAUUUUUUAUAGAUAGUAUUUUUAGCUUUUUAUCAUAUUUUGAUCAUUUUUAAACAAAAAUACGUACUUUAACUAUAGUAUCUUACUCAAAUAUUCAGGUUUUGCACUAUUACUUAUCAUAAGACUUGUUUUUUGUAUUACUUAUCAAAUACCUUGUUGUACUUAUCAAAUAACUUUAGUAUAACAUAACAAAACGUAUUUUAUUGUUUCAGGUCAACCCUACUGUCUAGAACUAACGCACAAAGGCUGGCGAGUAACCUCCCUCAGAUCGGACUGCAUGCAAGGCGACUUCACUCGAAUGGAACUCUUCACAAAGUAUUACGACAGCCUGUACGACCUAAUGGAAGUCCUCUCACCCGGCUACAAACAGCGAUUCGGAGAGAAAGUGUCGCAAAAGUUGAGGAUGUACGAGAACUUUGACGACUACCCAGCCUGCUCAUGUUCACCACCGAAUCGAGGUGAUAACAGCUCCUGCUGCUCGUCGGAUCAAGACUCGUCUUAA